AUGGUAUGUAUAGGUGAGUAUUACUUGUACAGACUUUAUAUUAUCAAUGCAGCAGUUUCUUCACUAAGCCUAUUAGGCUCAAUGUUUAUCAUCACAGUCUAUCUUAGUUUCAAGGAGCUCAGAGUGUUUGCAUUCAAGCUGGUGUCUAUACUUUCAUGCUUAGAUGCAAUCCACGCUCUUGCAUUUUUAAUCCCUUCCUACGACGAAAAUAAUAGUCACUCACCUCUCUGCCAAUUACAAUCGGUAGCUUUAACAUUUUGCACUCUAGCUAACGUCCUCUGGACAGCUAUGAUUGCUUUAGCUCUCUAUUUAGCUGUUAUUCAUGAGAAAAGACUAGGUGAGCAUUAUAAGUGGUAUGCCCUUAUCUUUGCUGUAUUAGUGCCUUUAUGCAUUUCUUGGCUGCCUUAUAUCACAGAUUCUUUUGGAACAGCACAAGGAUGAUGCUGGAUUGACGAUAGCAAAAAAUGAGGAACAAUAUGAAGAUACUCUUUAUUUUAUGGGCCACUAUGAAUAGUGAUCCCAUUCAACAUUAUUGUGUAUUUUAAAGUUAUAAAGAAAAUUCAGUUAGAAAUUGGCAACGUUUCUGAGCAACAACAGAUGAGGAAGCAGCUUAUGAGGAGGCUUGUGAUGUAUCCUAUCAUUCUUGUGAUUUGUUUUACACCAGUCACUAUUAGUAGAGUUUGGGAAAUAUUUGUUGAUUGCCCACCGAGAGAGAUGUCUGUGAUUUCUGGGUUCUUUACUUGCAUAAAUGGACUGCUGAAUGCACUUGUGUAUGGAAUGACAAAAAGUGUGAGAGAAUCAUUGAAGAGCUGGAUCUUUCGGGAAAGAGGAGAAAAUACUGAAGUGAUGAUGGAAUCUAUAAAGGAUUCUGUAGAAGAAUAUUUUUAA